AUGAAACUGUACUACACUAAAAUAUUAUUAUUUUGCCUUCCAUUAAAUAUAUUGGCACAUAGUAAAAAUAAACUCUACAUGAAACCACACACAAGAACUACUACAUCACGAGUGUUAAGCGAAUGUGACAUAGAAAAAUCCAUUUAUGAUAAUAAUCCUGAUAUGAAAUAUGUAAAGGAAAAUUUCGAUCGACAAACAUCACAACGUUUUGAAGAAUACAAAGAACGUAUGAUAAAAAACAGACAAAAAUGUAAAGAACAAUGUGAAAAGGACAUAAAACAAAUUAUUUUAAAAGAUAAAAUUGAUAAACCAGUAGAAGAAAAAAUUGAAAAAGUUUGUCUUAGGUGUGGGUGUGGGUUAGGAGGUGUUGCAGCAAGUGUUGGUGUGUUAGGUACAGCUGUUGUAAAUGUGUGGAAAACAGCUGCUAUGGAUGCCGCUAUUGGUGAUGCUAUAACUAAGGGUUUGACUGAGGGUGCUGCUAUGGGUGCUACUGAGGGUGUAGCUGAAGUAAUUGCAGGAUUAAAGGCAUUGAAUAUAGAUAAAUUAUUUCCUGAAACAUUGGGGUCUUUUAUUAGUGCAACAAAUUAUGAUAAGGCUUCAUACAUUUUUAAUAUUGUUAAUAUGAAAUAUAAGGGGACAUGUAAAAUACUUGUCCCUGGUGGUUUAUCUAACCCUAGUAAUUCCAUUUGCGAUAGUAUUCAAACAUGGAGUUUGGUUCAAGGGUCUAAUCACGUAAACGUUACAACGGAUGUUGCUAUAGGAAAAGAGGUAGUUAAAGUUGUUACAGGAGCUAAAACUAUUGCUGAAAAAACUGCAAAAAUGGCUACUGAAAAUGUUACGAAAGGAGCGAUAAAAACCAACGUUGCUGAAGUAAACGCUACAUAUGCUAGUUGCCAGACUGCUAUUAUUGCUUCUGUCGUUGCAAUAUUGGUAAUAGUUUUGGUUAUGGUGAUAAUAUAUUUGAUUUUACGUUAUCGUAGAAAAAAGAAAAUGAAUAAAAAGCUACAAUACACAAAAUUAUUAAAUUAA